CACGUCAUUUAAACCCACGCCAUGAACAAGACGAGUUCGCGACGUGACUGCUAGAGAGUGGUCGCUACUUGCUCGGAAAUAUAUUAGUGAACCUGAAGAACGACAUUGCAAUCAACAUAUCGCCAACCGCAGGAACAGUUUCUAACUCUGCCUCGCAAAUAAAAUCGUACCUGGUACCAGCCUUGAGUUUGAGUGAUGAAACAAAAGGCCAAAAGUAUUCGUGGGCUGAGCAAUUGGGAGGGUUCGUUCACGUUCGUAAUUGAUUGCUCGAAGAGGAUACGAAUCACAAUCAACAUUGUUGCCAUAGCAUCCAUCAGUAGAGGACCACUUGAAAAAUUACGCCUAGACGUAGAUUUUAUCAUUCGGAAAACGAGAAAGACUAAGAUUGGAUAGAAGAUAGCUCUUCUGCACUGCAAAACACAUUGUCUAAUCCGAAAACGAAUUAUAGUCCCAACGAAUUUUUUUUUCCCCCUGACCUUUUCUCACCCCUCUCCUCGCUCUCACCUCGUGAAGAUCGAAGAGCAACUUUCCAAAACUCCCCAACCAUGCCCUCGUCCGCCGUGGACGCCGGCGGCGAGGCCAAGUUCAGCGCCCGACAGCGGAAGGAAUGGGCAUAUUUGGUAUGAGAGUGCACAACUCCCCCCCCCCCUCAUUUGUUUGGUAUGAACAGCAAUACGACCACUGAUGGAGCCUGAGCAUGACAAGUUCAUGCGCCGAAUGUAGUACAACUCUUUGGGCUUCCCGAACUUGUCAUGCAAAGUGUGCUACAAGGCAGCGCAGCGACUAGAUUUUUCGGGAUUUUGCAUUACAAACGAGGGGAGGGGGAGUUGCGCACUGUCAUAUUUGGAGGAGCGCGCGCAGAAGAUCCGUUCUGGCGAGGUGCAACCGCAACCGGGCAACGAGAUGGACGACUUGGCCGCCUUUGUGGCGACCAAACUUCCCGAAUUGUACCAGAAGCACCACAAGGUCGCGGACGACCGGGACGGCACGCAGUCUGACAGCGGGCUGCCGCGGGACAGCCACGCCAAGUACAUCAAGAAGAAGGAGGCCGUCGACCACGCGGAGGGCAACGCGGUGACGAACCUGACCCGAUCGGAGUCCCGCUUCCUCGACGAGCCCGGCGCGGUGGGCGGCGGGUGCAGCGGCGCGAACGCGGAGUUGCCGGUCACCUCCAUCCAGCGCGACCACGCCUUCGACCCGAAAAACGAGGGUCCCUUUGGGCCCUGGGAGAAGGACGGAGUGACAACGAAAAAGAAGAAGUCCAAGUCGAAGAAGCGCGACGUCGAUGACGCCGCGUCUGACGUCAGCAGUGUGAUCAGCUCCGCCAGCUCCUACUUGUCCUCCGAGGUGGCGAGCAGCUACGUCUCGGGCACCAGCAUCGGGUCUUCCGCGUCGAAGGCGGACCGGAAGGUAGGAGCAGAACAAAAUGCCGCCCUGUUCGGGGAUACGCUCGGGCUGAAGAAGAAGUCCUCGUCUAAAAAGAAGAAAAAGCGCAGCAAAUCCGCUGCGGAAGGUGGAAACAGCAAAAAAGAGGACGUAAAGACGACCAUCUCCAUCUCGGACGACGGGAGUUACGUGAGCAACCCGAUCGUGUACACGGAACAGAAUCCGUAUGGGAGUGUCAGGAUUGAAAUCGGCAAAGUUGAAUUGAUUUGUCAUGCAUAAAAUGCAGCCCACAAAGCGAAAGCCCCUGUCUUGCAGAGUAGGCAAGUGAGGCAGAUUGUAAGCCUGUUGAGGGGUAGAAACUGAGCUGCUAAAGUGGCGUCAGCAUGACAAAAGGCGUCAUCUUUACCCAAACAGCAUGACAAACUGGAUUUCGGUUCUAGCCAAAUUGUCAUGCGCCACUUGGAGACUGGGUUACAACUAGCAUCCAUUUUUUGCAUGACAAAUCAUUUCAACUUUGUCGAUUUCGUUCCUGACAGAUCCAUAACCCGCCGCUGUUUGACAAGUACUUCUUCUACUCGAACAAGAUCAUGAAGAACAUCGGGCGCUACCGCCCCCCGCAGAACGGGGUGCGCACCCUGGGCACGACCUACUCCCUGGACCAGCUCAUCGAGAAGAACGGCGGCAUUCCGGAGAUGGCCAAGGAGAAAACCGACUACAAGCGCAACUUCCGGUUCGCGCACGACACGCGCAGCGAGAUCUCGGUGGACUUGGCGAACCCGGUCACGAAGCACAACAAACCCGACAAGAAGAUCGACAUCACGACGACCAGCUCGCUGGAAAAGUCGCACUUGAAGGCGGGCGAGGAGGCCCACGUGUACGAGCACCAGUUUCUGUACCCCAUGCCCUCCAUGGCGCCCCGGGUGUUCGCGGACAAGCACGUGGCGUUUGACAAGCUGUUCAAGCACCGGGUCAAGAUCCGCCGCCCCAAGGACUACGAUUAAGCGGAGAGAAAACAGUACAAGGGGGUGGGGUACAACAUUGGUUUCGAAAAUGUUGAAAAAAGUAGAAAUCAAAACGAGAAGUCUUUUUAGAUAGCGCUGGAGCGACAAACUCUGAUCAAUUAGGUAUCACUGUGGGACGACCACUGCGGUUUUACUUGAAACAGCGCUAGUUGUACCGGAGGACUAGAAAGAAAAAUUGAAUAGCACAGCACCGAGUGUCAUUUUGGUGCACAAGAACGGGCAGAUAAAAGACCGAUAGAACGAAUCUAGAACUUAGUCGGGCUGCUGAUAGUUUCGAAACAACUACAGCAAAAUACUGAUACUCUUGAAGUGGGCCGCGUGAAGAUCUUGCACGUGAAUCACAUCUUUUAAGUGGGCAGACGAAGAACACUACUUGUUCUCGUCUGUGUCUGAAAUUGACUUUUACAACUUUUAUCGACGAUUUUACAGCAAAUAGGCGACGUUUCAAUUAAACCUUUAAAUGCAAAUGAAUUUUAUCGAUAUCGCAAAUGAACCCUGUUACAGUUACGAAAGUUGAGAAUAGUCACGUCACUCUUUCCUAAAUGUCAUGCCUCUUCCUUUUCACUUGUACAUUAUGAAGAAAGGGACUCGAACUGCUGUGGUUUCUCAGUGACGUGG